AUGGAGAAAAAUAAACAAUAACAAAAAUUCCUGGAAGAUUUAUCAUCUCUUCCAACCCCACCCCAACAAAAAUAAAACCAUAACAACUAUUAUGGUCGAAACAAAUUAUAUAAAAUAAAAAUAAUUCAACGUCUGUAUUAGAGUAUCAUAAGGUAAAAACAAACAAGUCUAAGGAAGGAAUAAGAAAAUGUAAACAACCAAUUCAUAGUCUAGAUUCUAGAUUCUACAUCUAUGAUGAUAAUGAUCUAGAUCUUCAAUCUAGAAUUCAUCUAGUCUAGAAUCUAGAUUAUUUUGAACUGAUGAAUAUGUUUGAAUUAAACUAGUAAUAGUCUUUACGGAUUCCGAAGAUAACAUUUUACUUAGGAAUUUACAGCUACGGCCUGGGGUCACCUAACACUUUGCCGCCUAAAUCCCGCCUUAGAAGUAAUUAUUUAAGUUUUGACUAAUACUAAAAAUAAAAAAUGUCCAAAGACAACUCUUCAGAAAGUAUUGUAAAUGAUAAAGAAAAAAAUACGCAGGUCAAGGCAGUCAAACAGAUUUUCGAGAAAGGUAAAUGCAAUGAUGGAAGUGAAGCCCCUGCCUCAGAGAGGCGGCGAGUAAGGAUGUCAGCUAAUAUUGAGUUUCUCCAAAAGAAGCUGGCUCCCAAUGAAGAGAAUGAACAAGCCAAAUCAAGUAAAUCCAACGAUAGCAAACAACCGAAGCUUCAAAAUGCAAGAUCCAAAUGCACAUGGACUCCAGGUGUUAUGCCAGGAGUCGCGCGAAAAAGAAGUCGAUCGCGCUUCCCUGCAACAACCAAGAAAACGGUCGCUACAGGUCAGUCAGUUAAGAAAGAGCGACCUUAUAGACAAUGGUUGGGUGUUUCCCCUUUUGUUACUUAUGAUAGCAAAUACAUUAUUUCCUCGAAACCUUCACGUCAUAGUCUUGAAAUGAAUGCAGUUGAUUCAUCGCAUACUUGCAGAAAGACAAAAGGCAACGCCAAUCGACCUAAUAAGGCUGUAUGCGACCACUGCAACAGUCCAGAGCGUUUAGUGGACACGAUGCCAUCCACACAAAGAACGUGCAUCUGCGCGCAUCAGGUUCAGGCUGAACAGAUACCUGCUACAAAAACUGGUAAAGACGUAGAAGAAGCAGCCACCAGUCAGUCUCAGGUAAACAAAUAUAAAAGUUCAGACGAAGAUGGAAUCGUUUCGACUAGUUUGAGUGAUGAGGAUUGCAAGUCGGUAUCGUACACUAUAUCCGAAUUAACGAGGUUGUUAGAAAAAGACAGUAGAAAAAACAGUCAGCAGUCAAUGAACGGCGAGGUCUUCAAUCAACAUUCAUCGAUGGAUUUAGAUUCCCCCAAUGGGACUUCAUUAACUACCCAUAACGAAAAUGUAAUAGGGUCCCCACAAGAUCAUGGAAUUAUUAAUACUUCCAAGGCAGAAACCGAAGUGUCUCAGACCAAAAACUCUGAAGCUGAAUUAAUUAACACAAAAUCCUAUAUAAUUGCCUCUUCACUUGAAAAUGUUUCUACCAAAGACUUGGAAAAUGAUACUGAUUUGGAAACUUCCAGUGAAAAGGAUAGCCAGUUACACGACUUACAGGAGUCUCGAAACGAAACACAACAGGAGAACACAUCAUCUUCAGAUGCUGUUACAUUGGCUGAAACGCCUUCCUUUAAGAGGGGCGAUUCGUCAACUGUAGUAGACAUUGUUCAAAGCGAUGAUCAAUCGGAUAUUAUUUUCUCCAACGUCCGAUCUUCCAAUGAAGAAAAAAAGGCGUCUUUGUUGGAAACUGUUGAGGCUGGCAAAGAAAAGAAACAUUCAGUUGAAAAUACAAGCAAUAUGGACACGUCUGAAAUAUUAUGGUCGGAUCUAUCUUGGCAAGAAUUCACUGAUGAUGAAUCGCUUGAGUCUGAAUCAUGCUUUAAAUUUAACGUCGCUGCUAGAGUCAAAGAGAGCAAUCAUCCGGGAUACAAACGUAUGACUUGGCGUUCGAGAAUGGAGAAAUCCUCCUCUCUCAAGUCAAAUAUAUACCCCAGGUUUGAAGAUGGGUAUUGCUGGGCUGACUUUAACACAAAGAAACGUGAACUUAACAGGGUGAUUAAAAAGAAAAGCGUACAGGCAGCUCCCUGUGUGGAGCAGAACAAAAUAACUGCACAGCAUUCAACAACAGAGUCCAGUCACAUCAAGGGACUCAGUACACCUGAGAUCAAACGAAAGCCUAGUUCUCUAAGCCCAGGUGUGUCAGGGGCUUCGUCAAGUAAAAGACCAAUGCUCCGUACGGCUGCUAGAGCAAGUCAGCGUUCAAGACAGGAAAGUCCGUGUACAAAUAACGCGGACACAACGCCGUAUCCAAAAUGGACGCCAGUGUGCACUCCAAAAGAUGGAAGACUUGAGUAUAUGAACAAAGUGUCGGGGAAAAAAUUAGAUACAGUUGCAUUUAGCAUCUGCAAUGAUAUAGAGCGCGGACAGCCUGGAUACCUUAUGACGAUGUCAGCUAUCCAAGGACCACCCAACGAAUUUCAUAAAGCCGAUAAGUCAGAAACAGUUGAGAAGUCAGAAAAUCAUACUGAUCACGUCCACUUACCCAAACAUAACAAAUAUAAGUCAGUAGGAGCAAGACAGCUUUUGCAAAAAAUCAAUUGGACCAGCAAACAUGAUCAAAAACAAGGCUACAAAUUAGUACAGGCUGUUAUGGACUUCAGAGGUACUCUACCUGGGCAGCUAAGCUUCCGAAAGGGGCAAAUCAUUCGGCAACGCUGUGAAACAGAAACGCAGGCAAGCGAUUUGUGCUACGGCAGCUAUAGUGUUGGAAGGCUCAAGAAAAAGAGAAAAGGAUUAUUCCCGGCCUAUUGUGUUGCAGAAUACACUUCCCCUAGUUAAACCAAGAAAUUUUAACUUAUAAUUUUGAAAUGUUACAUUAAACUAAUUCAAAAAUG